UCUUGGCUUCCCUGCCACGGGAGCAGGGUUAUGCCUUCCCGCUCUGACCGGGUCAGUGAGUCCGUCAGGUGGCACCGGAGAGAGACGAGGGAAGCGCGCAUCCUUCCCGCCCCGGCUUUCGCCAAGCUUCUCCUAAACCUCGGAUGCUGUUCGCAGAGAUGUCCGGGGCGCUGCUGCUGGCGGCGGCCGCCGGGGUCGCCCUCCUCGUGGCCUUCCUGCUGUUGCUGUAUCUGGUGUCGCCGGUGACAAGCCCCAAGCCACUGUCCUUGUCCGGCGCCCACGUCGUGGUAACUGGUGGCUCCAGUGGCAUUGGGAAAAGCAUUGCUAUCGAAUGUUUUAAACAAGGUGCUUUCAUAACGAUAAUUGCAAGGAAUGAGAACCGUCUGAUGGAAACAAAAAAAGAAAUUGAGAAAUUCUCUGUUAAUGAUAAGCAGGUUGUACAGUCCAUUUCUGUGGAUGUUUCCAAGGAUGGUACAAAUGUGGCAAGGGUUCUAAAACAGGCUCAAGAGAAGUUGGGUCCAGUUGACAUGCUCAUAAAUUGUGCUGGAACAUCAGUUAAUGCAAAAUUUGAAGAUCUUGACAUCAGUAAGUUUGAGCAACUGAUGGCUAUCAACUACUUGGGGAGCAUUUACCCAACUCGUGCAGUAGUUACCACCAUGAAGGAACGAAGAAUGGGAAGGAUCGUAUUUGUGUCAUCCCAGGCUGGGCAGGUUGGAGUAUUUGGCUACACAGCUUAUUCUGCAACAAAGUUUGCACUUCGAGGACUAGCUGAAGCUUUGCAGAUGGAGGUAAAGCCCUACAAUAUCUACAUAACAGUUGCGUAUCCUCCAGAUACAGACACCCCUGGCUAUGCAGAAGAAAAUAAGCAUAAGGUUUUAGAGACCAAGCUUAUUUCAGAAGCAUCAUCAAUCUGCCAACCUGAUUAUGUUGCUAGAAUCAUUGUAAAAGAUGCAAUUCAAGGAAAAUUCAGCAGUUCUAUUGGUACGGAUGGUCACAUGUUGACAGUAUUGACCAGUGGGAUGUCACCAGUUUCUUCUAUUGCUGAAGUCCUAGAGGCGGUUAUUUGCAUGGGUAUUUUUCGUUUCGUUAGUCUUUAUUUUAUAGCAGGUUUUGACAGCAUAGUUCGUCGUUGCAUGGUACAAAGAGAAAAGUCUGAAAAGACUGACUGAAAAGUAAUGGUUUUUUUUAAAAAUGAGUCCUGUUUUAGAAGUGGACAGUUUGCUGCUAAAUGGGACUGUCUGUGGCCUGAAUAUACUAUAUACAUGGAAGAGGUGGUGAUCUUCGGUGGUAAAAGAAGGAAACAAAUUAACAACUCCAGGGAAAAAGACUAUGCAAAAGUGCUAAUGAAGAAGACUGCAGUUUGUUUGUUUGUUUUGUUAUCUGUGAUUUGAAGUAAUAAGCAUAUUGUUGCCUUUAGAAAUGAGCUUUUUUGAGGAGCAGAGCUUCAGAGUGGCCUAUUUGCUGGUAAUUCUGGAUGAAUGGAGCUGAUGCAAUGCUUGAUUCGGUGAUGCACUCACUUCUUAAUCUAAGAGCUGUUCCAAACACCCCAAUAUGAUUUGGUUCUCCCACACAACUGUACCAAUUCAGAUCUUAAACAGAAGGCCAAAUUCCUCUAUUAUCUUGGCAAUGUGGUUGCUGCCAGAGACCUGGAUGUUUAUGAAGAGACUGUCCUACAUGGUCAGGCACCAAUGCAAACUGGUUCAGAUGGUUGGGACAAGUUAGUCACAGUAGCAGAACUGGCCAAAAUGAAGCGUUUCAACUCCAGGAUAAUACAUGAAUUGGGUCAAAGUCUUUUUGUCCGCUUCUAAUACUUAAUGUAGCAUGUAACUUUGAUGCUAGAGUACUCUGUCAGUGAUGUGAUAAAAUUUGCAUGAGAGUACUAAUCAGGUUGGAGAAUCAACAUUUGACUUCCCCAUAAGAAGGCUCAUCUGGAGAUUAAUUUGAGUUUCUUUUUCUGCCAACUCUUUGGGAUCUAGUCUAGCACCAAUAUUUUGACUGAUUUUUCUUGAUGUUUAGGAGAGCACAGUAAACUGCAUGAAGUAUUCCAUCUGUUUAAUGUUAAAUACGGAACCCAGUGGUAGAAGUUUGCCCAUAUUACCUUAAAUUCUCUGUGCAGGAGCAGUGAAAUCUGCUUUUAAGUUUUGUAGAUCCUCAGGACUGAUGAAGGAUGCAUUCUUCAAUGAGGUACUAGAAGUCCUUUUUUAAGGCUAGCGGGUUCUCUGUAUAAGCAAAGAUAUAAAUCAAAGUGUCAAUUUACUUAUCCAAUAUAUGCCACUUAAGUUCAUGCUUAUAUUUGCCUGCUCAGGAAACAGCAAGAGGUGUGUUCAGCCUUGUAGGAAUGGAAAUGAGUAAAUGAAGUGAGUACUAAGUAGCAUUAAAGGUCAUUCAGGAAAUUGAUUAUUUUGUGCUCUGAUGGAAGUGUAGUUUUCAGCCUGUCAAUAUUUUCCUAAGGUUUUAAUACCAGCAUGUCAGCCUUAUUAACUACAUGUAAUCUAGGCUUAUUUCUGGGCAUUAUAUUGCUAUGUAUAAAUUUUGUGGUUCCCAGUGGCUGAAGAUGUUCAGCUGGUUCAAAGAAGAAUUUCUGCUAUACUUUGUCAUUAUUCAAGUGCCUAAGAUGACUUCCUUGUGAGAGCCUUCAGGUGCAUGAUGAGGUGCUUUUUGAGAAGCAGAGGCCUUCCACUGCCAUUUUCUUCAAAGAUAAAUGUGUGCAUAGAGAUAGUUGGGAUGAGGAAUUGUACUUCUUUUAAUGUUCUCUGGAGAACACUUUAGUGUCCAGUUAGAGCCCAACUGCUAUUAGAUCAACUGCAGUAUCAUGUCUUCCAAAUUUUAAUUAAUUUUUAUAUCCUCAAGACUGAUGCAAUUACAGCAUCAACUUCUUGAGCCAAAUACUGAUUGGUUGUGUUUACUUUUUUGCACAUGAGCAUGAGUGUUGAUUCUCCAAAUGCUGGACCUGGAAACUUAUAUUCUAUAUAGAGGCCAUUGAGCUGCUUGACAUAUGAAGGACAGAGAUAAUUACCGAUGAAAAGGAAUGAAAACAUAGUAGUAGUUCCUACUGAGUUGUGCCUGGUGCACCAAAAGCACAAAAACUUGGAAGUUCUGGGUCUUAUUCCAGUUAGCAGCUAUGAUUCAGUGUGAUUUGAUGCCUUCAAACAGUAGAACUUUAGAGCAGAAGAAGCAGAUCUGCAUAUGUUCCUUAGAAUGUUUAAAUGGAAUUGUUGCUUUUCAUGUUUGCCAUAUUGAACUCUAAUUUGUGUACAUGCUUCGACUAUCCUAGCAGCUGUAGAAAAACCAUUCCAGUAGGUUAACAAGAUGUUUCAAUUUAAACCUUGGAUUUUUGAUUCUUUAGAGCAGAUUUCCUGAACCUAGUAUUCCCUGGAUGUUUUUAAACUACAAGUCCCAUUGGCCUGUGCAAAUACAGCCAAUGAUCAGCAGUGCUGAGAGUUGCAGUACAAAAUACCAAGAUGGCUCUAGGUUAGGAUAGACUGCUUAAGGGCAAUUCAGAAAUGCCAAAUAAUGAAGCAGUUCAAAGAAGGAUUAACAACUUUUGCUUCUGCUCCAGGGAAUGUUUCACUCUCCCGUUGAAACCCCUGAGGGUUGAUUGUGCUCAUCUGUUAAUGAAUUUUGCACUUGGUUUCUUCACAAUUGAGCAAAAGUGUCCUAUCAUAUAUCCCAGCUUGCUCUUUAAACCGAAGUACUAGACAUUCUAAUGUUACUUAGCAUUACAGCUCAUGUUCUACUUAAGAUUUAAUAGUAAGGAAAGGAAGGGAUUUGGUAAUGAGCCUACACCUGUAAACUGUGAAAAACAUUAUGCACUUUUAAUAGUAACAUUGAAUAUGACUAAAAUCCAUAGCUCGCUUAUGCUUACUGCUUCACAAAGUGUUGUGCCAGAAUUAUACAUUUUAAUAUUUUGUAUUUCAUUAAAUAAAUGAAAAGGUUAUGUUUCACA